AUGUGGACAGAGAAAAUUGAAGCGAUACCCUUGGAUAUCUUCCAUGUACAGACCUGGGGAUGCCGAUUUGGAAACAAUAACAACUACAUGAACAUGGCAGAGGCAAAUAAUGCAUUUCUUGCUGCAAAUGAGACGUUCCAUACGCCGAGCCUCGGGGACGAGGAGUUCGAAAUCCCACCCAUUACCCCCCCGCCCGAGUCAGACCCUGCACUGGGGAUGGCGGAUAUACUGCUGCCCUUCCAGGGCCUCGGUGACCAGCUGCCUGCACAAGGAAAUGAAUUUACACCUCAGUUUCCCCCUCAGAGCCUGGAUCUUCCCUCUAUUACAAUAUCCCGAAAUCUCGUGGAGCAAGACGGCGUUAUCCACAGCAAUGGAUUGCAUAUGGAUCAGAGUCACGCACCGGUUUCCCAGUAUCGCCAGGAUCACUCUCUGGUUAUGAGAUCUAUUGUCCACAUGACUGAUGCUGCUCAUUCGGGAAUUAUGCCUCCUUCUCAGCUAACCACCAUUAACCAGUCUCAGCUAAGUGCGCAGCUGGGGCUAAAUUUAGGAGGCACUAAUUUGCCACACACUUCUCCCUCCCCUCCUGCAAGUAAAUCAGCCACUCCUUCCCCAUCCAGCUCCAUCAAUGAAGAAGAUGCAGAUGAAUCAAACAGA